GUGUCAAUGUGCUGUGAAAAAGGGAACAGAAAUGAUGAGUCUGUCGUCUCUGUCUCACACACUCAUUCGAUGGAGCGCACUGCCCUAUCUAUCUACACACUGUCACAUAGCAGAGACACGUACGAACGUGUACACACCGGAAAGCUUGUUUGUCACACAAAAGAUCAACCAAAAGCUCCUCGUCUACCCCACACACCCCACGCGACACCACACAACGCACCGGACCUUACCACUCAAGUCAGUCAACACCCCUCACCCUCCACCCAGCCCCGCCCGCUCGAACACAAACAAAUAAAGGAAUGAAACUCACUGCUUUCUCCUCUUAAAAAGACACUCAUCUACACCAUCUCGCGGACAACCAACGGGCAGGCAUGCACCAUUACAUCCACAUCCACGUCCACAUCGACAUCCACAUUUGUCCGUCGGUCCGUCCGUCCGUCCGCCAUGCACGCACCGGUCUGUACAUGCACGCACGCGCGCACGCGUCACGUCGUGAAGAGCAGGCAGGAGAGGAAGGAAGGAGACCACCUGCAGUGCAUGGCCAGUGCGGUGCGGCACAUGAAAAACACGCGCACCUCUGGGUCGGUAGGUAGGUAGGUAGGUAGACAAGCCUUGCUGUCUGUCUGUCUCUCUUGCUCUCUCCCUCCUCUCAACCAAACCAGUGAGUGAGUGGCGCAGGUAGCUAUGGUGUAGAUGACGACAGACACUAUGUGCGAAAAACUGAGUACGCAGCCCCCUUGCAAGCUGCACAUUCACGUAGAGCGUAGCUAGGUGUCUUGUCGGCAGGAAGUGGCGGUGAAAACUGGAGCACAGUGCGCAGUGAACUCCUGUACACCCAGCAGACAUAUGCACAUUUACAUACACACACAUGCGCUCGCACACACGCCUCUCUCCCUCCCUCCCUCCCUCUCUCCCCUUGUCCCCAUAUACGAUACCUACCGCUACAAAUCCACAGACACAUGUACACCACAGACAGACGUGAUGUGUGUUUGUUAUGGUGAUUGAUGUAUGGGUUACAGAUAAACGAUUGGUUGGUGCGAAUGAAUGCGUCAUGCGUAUAUAUGUAUGUAGGUGUGUAUGUAAGCCAUUCAUUAUUGCGAUAUUUGCGAUAUGAUGGGAUAAAUUAGAAAGAAGAAUAGUGAGUGGGUGAGACUGUCAGGGCAGGGUGGGGAUGUGAGCGGGAUACAUGACACGACACGACACGUGGACGGAAGCCAAGGAAGGAUGAGGAAGUGGUCAUUCACCCACGUCGAGCACGUACACGUACACGUACACGUACGCAUCCUUAUGUGCGAUCGUAUACACGUGCUGCCGCCACACGUGCACACACAGCUAGCUCUCUGACACUCUCUCCCCCACCCAUCCCACCCACAACACACCACACCACACACACGCAAUUCCACUCACAUACACGACACGACAGCAACAAAACGCUCAACCCAUCUUGAUCCAUCGACGCAUCGUGCCACGGCACAGGUCAGCCUCUCUGUCCUCCCCAUCCCUCCCACUCCCCAGUGAGCAGCAGACUCUACUUCUCUGCCGCGGAUCCUUACUCCCCUUCUCUCCAGCGCAUCCAUAAACAUCCACGAAUGCGUGUCACUCCCUCUCUCUCUCUCUCUCUCUCUCUCUCUUCCUCCCUCCCAGUGUCUCUCUCCUUCCCGUCAGCUAUCUCCUCAGCCCAUCUUCAGAGCCGGCGAGGGGCCCACGUCCUCAGAGCUCUCCACAUACAUGAACGACGGCGACACCACAGGCGUGCUCGAUGGCGACACCGACGACAGACCGUGGGGCGGCGAGAGGCACCCCACACACGCCUUCAGCGCCGCCAUGUCGGCCGCAGUGGGUGCGGACAUCUCCUCAUGCUCGCUGCUGUCUGUCGUUUGGUCCUCACUGUGCGCCCUCGCCAGCGACAGGUCAGCAGGGGCCGACAGGCGCAGAUGGGGGAUGCGCGGCAGGCAAAUCUUCAUCUUGCCCUCGCUGUGGUGCGGCUGACACACACCCACACACACACCCACACACACACACAGAGGGAGAGAGAGAGAGGGGGCGGCAGUUGGUGUGGCUGUGCAGGAAAGGUGCAGGCCAGAAGCUGAGCGUGUGUGUGUGCGCUGACUUGACUUUCGCGCACCAGUGAUCAGCAAGGAUUUGGAGGGAGGACGUGUGUGCCGGUCGUGGUGGUUGUGGUUCUGUUGGAAACCAAGUUGGGGUAGGCCUGGGAAAGUGCUUUGUAGAACACAUGGGGGUCUCUCCAAAAAGCAAUCAUAUCUCCCUUAGGAUGGCACAAAAAGUGUGCUAGAAUGCACCACAGCGUGUCCUGGUUGUUGAGAAUGGGCAGCAUCUUCCUGAAGACACGCAGAUACAGACAGAGAUGUCAGCUGGGGAGCCUUCUGGCUGAUUCUCGCUUCGUGUGAGGACUUUCUGUGUGAGUGCCCCUCCGGUGCUGUUGUGUUUAUGGAGAGGGCAUGUGCCGU